AAUUGCAGCUCAAGAAAGGUGGAAGAGGAUGACUUUGAUGAUUUUACAACAAACCAAAAAUGGGUAAUGUCUCCAAAAUCUCAUGAUACUGAUGUGACACUGUUGUUAAACAGGUUACUGAGAGAAUAUGAUAAAAAGCUGCGACCCGAUAUUGGAACGAAACCCACAGUCAUUGAUGUUGACAUCUAUGUUAAUAGCAUUGGCCCCGUGUCAUCAAUAAAUAUGGAAUACCAAAUUGAUAUUUUUUUUGCUCAGACAUGGACUGACAGCCGCCUUCGUUUCAACAGCACCAUGAAAAAAAGUAUAACUCUCAAUAGCAAUAUGGUUGGGUUAAUUUGGAUCCCAGAUACUAUUUUUAGGAAUUCUAAAACUGCAGAAGCUCACUGGAUUACCACACCCAAUCAGCUCCUAAGAAUAUGGAAUGAUGGGAAAAUCCUAUAUACUUUAAGGCUCACCAUCAAUGCCGAAUGCCAGCUGCAGCUACAUAAUUUUCCCAUGGAUAAACAUUCAUGCCCGCUGAUAUUCUCCAGCUAUGGCUAUCCACAAGAAGAAAUGGUUUACAGAUGGAGAAAAAACUCAGUAGAAGCUGCAGAUCAGAAAUCUUGGAGACUUUAUCAGUUUGACUUCAUGGGACUCAGAAAUACUUCUGAUAUUGUGCAAACAUCAGCAGGUGAUUAUAUAGUCAUGACUAUAUACUUCGAGUUAAGUAGAAGAAUGGGAUACUUCACUAUUCAAACAUAUAUUCCCUGUAUAUUAACUGUUGUCCUAUCCUGGGUAUCAUUUUGGAUUAAGAAAGAUGCUACACCAGCAAGAACAGCCCUAGGUAUCACCACAGUAUUAACCAUGACAACGCUGAGCACCAUUGCAAGAAAUUCCUUGCCGCGUGUUUCCUAUGUCACUGCAAUGGACCUUUUUGUGACCGUAUGCUUCUUAUUUGUCUUUGCCGCUUUGAUGGAGUAUGCAACCCUGAACUACUACUCAAGUUGCAGGAAGCCACACUGUACAAAAAAGAAAAAGUCGCUGCCUGAUGUCAGCUUUGGUCACAUGAUGAAUUACUCUGUGUUAGAGAUGAGACCUCCCCCUACAGUCAUCGCACUGAACAAUGCCAUGUACUGGCAAGAAUUUGAAGACAAUUGUAUCUAUGAGUGUCUGGAUGGGAAAGACUGUCAGAGUUUUUUCUGCUGUUACGAAGAAUGCAAAUCAGGUUCCUGGAGGAAAGGGCGGAUACACAUAGACAUCUUAGAACUCGACUCUUAUUCCAGAGUCUUUUUUCCCACGUCGUUCCUGCUUUUUAACCUGGUCUACUGGGUUGGAUACCUCUAUCUCUAG